UUCCAGUGAGUUCAGAUGGGAUUGUGGUUAUUCUUAAAUUCUCUGAAAUUCUUGUUUAAUCCAACAGAUGCUGGAACCCUUGGAAGCCCCACAUUGCAGAUGAUGUUGGGUGGUGACAUUAUGAAGCUGGAGAAUGGACAGUCAAAGCUUGGCCUGCCACCUCUAAACCCUGAGCAACAGGAAGCGUUGCAAAAGGCUAAGAAGUAUGCAAUGGAACAAAGCAUUAAGAGCGUGUUAGUGAAGCAAACCAUUGCUCACCAGCAGCAACAGCUCACCAACUUGCAGACACUGGGUUCCUUUCGAAAAUGGGCAUGCUGGGAACUGUGCGAUUGUCUCGACUCCAAAGAUCAGAUGGCAGCACAGAGACAGCGUGCGCUGGCGAUCAUGUGUCGUGUUUACGUUGGAUCGAUUUACUAUGAGUUGGGGGAAGAUACCAUCCGACAGGCUUUUGCUCCCUUUGGGCCAAUCAAGAGCAUCGACAUGUCAUGGGACUCUGUUACAAUGAAACACAAGGGAUUUGCCUUUGUGGAGUAUGAAGUUCCUGAGGCAGCUCAGCUUGCUCUUGAACAGAUGAACUCAGUGAUGCUGGGAGGCAGAAACAUUAAGGUUGGCAGACCGAGUAACAUAGGACAAGCUCAACCAAUCAUAGACCAGCUUGCAGAGGAAGCCAGGGCGUUUAACAGAAUUUAUGUCGCGUCCGUUCACCCGGAUCUGUCGGAUGAUGACAUUAAAAGUGUGUUCGAGGCCUUUGGAAAGAUUAAAUCCUGCACCUUGGCCCGAGACCCCACAACGGGGAAGCAUAAAGGAUAUGGAUUCAUUGAAUAUGAAAAGGCUCAGUCUUCGCAAGAUGCGGUAUCUUCCAUGAACCUCUUUGACCUCGGUGGCCAGUUCCUCCGUGUUGGGAAGGCAGUGACCCCCCCGAUGCCUUUGAUGACACCUGCAGCACCUGGUGGAUUGCCCCCUGCAGCAGCAGUGGCAGCAGCUGCAGCAACAGCAAAGAUCACAGCUCAGGAGGCUGUUGCAGGAGCAGCUGUACUUGGUGUAAGUGGUCUCUCUGCACCAGGUCUGGUCACUCCAGCACUGACCCUUGCACAACCACUUGGAGCAUUGCCACAGGCUGUUAUGGCAGCACAAGCCCCAGGGGUUAUAACAGGUGUGACCCCAACCCGUCCAACAGUGUCGCUGCCAGUUACCAUCCCACAGGUGGGAGUGGUUAACCCUGUCUUGGCCACACCCCCUACAGCUGGUACUGCUACAGAAGUCAAGAAAGAGGAUGAGGAGAAGUUACUGGAUACUGAAAGGCUGGAAAUGCUAAGUGAGCAAGAACACAUGAGCAUCUCUGGGAGUAAUGCAAGGCACAUGGUGAUGCAGAAGCUGCUUCGCAAGCAGGAGUCCACAGUCAUGGUCUUACGGAACAUGGUAGGUCCUGAGGACAUUGAUGAUGAUCUGGAAGGUGAAGUGACGGAAGAAUGUGGUAAAUUUGGGGCUGUGAAUCGUGUGAUCAUCUACCAAGAAAAACAGGGUGAGGAGGAAGAUGCUGAGGUGAUUGUCAAAAUCUUUGUUGAGUUCUCCUUGGCUUCAGAGAUGCACAAAGCCAUCCAAGCUUUGAAUGGACGCUGGUUUGGAGGACGAAAAGUUAUUGCGGAGAUAUAUGACCAGGAUCGAUUUGAUAACAGUGACCUAUCUGCAUGAACACGAGUCAUUCAGUUAACGGAGCUGUCAUGUUAUGGGGUCUGGUAUUCAGGAACUUGAACUAACACCUUAUAUCUCAACAUGUGACCUGACCUGGGAACCUUCAGUGAAUGCUGAAGAACCCAAUGGAUUUCCAUUCAUGAAGUGAAACAAUUCUGUUUCUGUUAAACUGUUCUAGUGUACAGUUCCUCCAUUCAGUACCAACUCUUAAUGUGUAAAAGUGCAGGCUUGUACUGGUGUAGACCAGUCUGAGAGUUCAAAUCGAUGAACUGUCUGGCUGGGGCUCGCAUUUCUUUGUUUAGUCCUGUUUUUAAGAGUGUCAUAAGUUUGUUCAGCUAUUGAUUCCAGUCAGUGUGAGGGGUGGGGUGGGGGAGCAGUUGGGUUGGGUUUGCUGCGGAGAAGUAUGAGGAAGCAUAAUUUUGACAGUUUAGUGUCCCAAUGAAAAUGGAACCUGUGGAUUGUUGCUGGGUUCAUGCAGAUGCUGACUGGUGGUCACUGUGCUGACACUUGUUCAUGUUGAGGUCCAUAAGAGCAAGACUUGAGUUUGUUCCUCUUUGACCAUUUCUAGACAUGGAACAAUCCUAAUUGCUCAGUCCACUCUUCAGAAUGGUUAAACUCUGCAAUUCUUUUUAUUUUUUCCAAUGUGUUUACUGUAUUGUAGAAAAGUUAAGUUCCAUUUCUAUUAAAGAAAUUAAAUGAAGAA